CGUCACAUCCGGCAGAGAGCCUGACUCCUACUUUUUUUGUUGGGAUCUGGGAAAGAAUUCGGAGGAGAAAACGGGCGGAACCCUUGAGGAGAAGAUCAGCGCGGCGGAGCCCCGGGGAUGUGUGAGCUCCCCCCGACGCCGUGACCGCGCGGGCGGCGGGCUUUCGCGGUGAAGUCCUCCUCCGGGGAGCUUUUUUUUGUUUGGUGUUGUUACCCCCCCCCCCCCCCCCCCCCCAGCAUGCUGAGUUUCCUGCGCCGGACGCUGGGCCGCCGCUCCAUCCGCAAACAUGCGGAGAAGGCGCGGCUGCGGGAGGCCCAGCGUGCCACCACGCACAUUCCUGCAGCCGGGGAUGCCACGUCCAUCAUCACCUGCCGGGUGUCCCUGCUGGACGGGACGGACGUCAGCGUGGACCUGCCGAAAAAAGCCAAAGGUGAGGAGCUGUUUGAGCAGAUCAUGUAUCACCUGGACAUCGUGGAGAAAGACUACUUUGGCCUGCGCUUCAUGGACUACGCUCAAGUUCCACACUGGCUGGACGUCACCAAAAGCAUCAAAAAACAAGUGAAAAUCGGACCUCCGUACUGCCUCCACAUGCGGGUCAAGUUCUACUCCUCAGAACCCAACAACCUCCACGAGGAGCUCACCAGGUACCUGUUUGUGCUGCAGUUGAAGCAGGACGUCCUCAGCGGCAAGCUGGAGUGUCCGUUUGACACGGCGGUGGAGCUGGGGGCCUUCUCCCUGCAGGCGGAGCUGGGCGACUACGACCCUCUGGAGCACAACCUGGACCUGGUGUCGGAGUUCAGGUUCAUCCCCGAUCAGACGGAGGAGCUGGAGAGGGCCAUUUACAGCGCCUGGAAGGACUGCAGAGGCCAGACUCCAGCUCAGGCUGAGAUCAACUACCUGAACAAAGCCAAGUGGCUGGAAAUGUACGGCGUGGACAUGCACAUGGUGAAGGCGCGGGACGGUAACGAGUACAGUCUGGGCCUGACUCCCACUGGGGUUCUGGUGUUUGAAGGCCAAACUAAGAUCGGACUCUUCUUCUGGCCCAAGAUAACCCGCCUGGACUUCAGGAAGAGCAAACUGACUCUGGUGGUGGUUGAAGACGAUGAACAGGGCAAAGAGCAGGAGCACACCUUUGUGUUCAGGAUGGACCACCCCAAAGCCUGCAAGCACCUGUGGAAGUGUGCUGUGGAGCACCACGCCUUCUUCAGGCUGAGAGGCCCGGUGGAGAAGAACUCUGCUCGCUCCGGAUUCAUACGCAUGGGCUCCCGCUUCAGAUACAGCGGAAAGACGGAGUAUCAGACGACCAAGGCCAGUAAAGCCAGGCGCUCGUCCUCCUUUGAGAGGAGACCCAGCCGGCGAUACUCCAGAAGGACAUUACAGAGCAGAGGACCGCCGAACACCCAGGAGAUGAUGUCUUCAGGAAACGGAGUCGGUUCCUGUGUCAACAAGCCUCCGCCCAGAGGCGCCUGGUCAGCGAUGCCUGUGGUCAGCCCUAUAGCGCCGUCUGCCUGUGGACCAAUAGAAAUCGAGACGUUGCCCAGGAGUCCUGGAGGAGAAAAGAGAAGCUUACCUGUGGUUGCCGAGCCGCUGGAGACCUGCAUCGACGACGUCCUGAAGGCUCCCGCCGCUCCUCCAGCAGCCGCAGCGCUGGAGCCCGGAGCGGGCCACGCCUACGCCGCCGCCAGUGUGGCGGCUGCAGAGCUCAGCAUCACCGAAGCCGCGGCUCGUCUGAAGCAGCUGGAGCUGGAGAGCAGUCCUCUUCUGGCUGUGUCCAGAAAUAACAUCAAUGUGAACAUUGCCAUGAACAACCAGGAGGACGUGGUGAAGCUCACGGAGAAGUGCGGUCUGAACAGCACGGGCAGUAGUCCAGUGGUCACUCCCCUGCGGACCCCCGAGGAUCUGAAGAGCAACAUCCUGAAGGCUCAGGCUGAAGCUGCUGCCCUGAAGGGGCCUCUGGAGGAGCACGCCGGACCGGCUGGAGACAAAAACUGUAACCUGCAGGAAGCUUCUGCCAGGCUGAAGGUGCGUUCGGGGCGGAUGGGAAGUAACUCGUCUCUUUCUGUCAGCAGCCGCCCAGAGGCUCAGGACUCCUGGGAGCUUCUCAAAGCCGCCUCGCUGGUCCCAUCGGCUGAAGUCAGUGCUGAGACGUCAGUGGAAGACCUGAAACCGUCGGUUUCCAAGACUCCUGCUGCCCCUGAAGGUCUGCUGCUGAAGGCUAAAGCGGAGGAGCUCGACCUGCAAACCCUCAGCCCAGCGACCGAGAACCUGAUCGACUUCACGGAUCCGUCUCCUCUGCCCCCACCCCUGCAGCCGCCCAAAGCCGUGAUCACGCCUCGCUGGAUCGUCCCUGCAGCUGCUCCUCCAGGCAUCUUUACCAACGGCCUGAUCGACAUAGACCCCCCCUCCAAGGUCACUCCUGUUCCCCCCGUCGAUGGAGGGGCCCCUCCCCCACUCGCUCAUGCACACAAUGCUGCCCCCACCAGCACCAGGGGUCCACCCCCCCCUUCAGACGACGGAGCCAAACCCAGAGGUCCCCUGACCACCGAGCUCUGAUGAAGACGCCGUCCUCGUCUUCCUCGCCGUGGCCCGGAGGGGAGGGAGCGGCGGCUGACAGCGGACCCUCCUCCCCCUGGCAGAGGAGCGUGAAGGAAGCGGCUCCUGGAUGGAGAGCGGCCGUCCUCCGCCCCGGGGUCAGGGACCCUCCUGGACCUCCCUUCACGCUCCGCCGUGGACUCAAACACUGGAACCGUUCUGCAGCAGCUCUCUCUUUUUAAACUUCUGUUUUUACGUUUCGCUCUUUGGGGCGACUGUUUUUUAAAAAGCCCAGAAGGAUCUGUCCCUCCUGGGGUUUUAGCGUUUCUUUCUUCUAACCGUAGCGGCAGGAACGGCCUCAGCGGCGCUGCGGUAAAGGCGGCGUGGAACCAGGAACCUCCUUGUGUGUAGCUUCUGCCAUGCCUUAUGAAAAUGAAUGUAUAGUGAUGGGAGCAGGAGCCGCUCAGAAGGAGCCCCAAGGAGGAACAUUUACACGAAGGUUUUGGGUGGUUCACGGGCAGAAGGUGUGGACACUCCGCCUCAGCCACCAUGAAGGUUUAUGUUGAAGACUAGAAGGUUUUUACUGUAGCAGAAUCCAGUAUUUAUGCUGUUUGGACGUGUUGUAGCUCCACUUCAGGAUCUAAUGUCAUUGAUAUAUUUUUGUGUCGACCCUGUAGUUCCUACAGAUUUUUUUAUUUCAGUAGCUGUAGAAAACGAUCAGAUACAAGGCAGACGUAAAUACAGUUUUCUAUCAGCA